GUGCAAGAACAUGAGAUGCCACGAGAGUAGGUGAAGCUGACUUACCCGAAAACAGGAGAGUGACGGAGAAGUCCCAAGUGAGAACUGAUCAGCAGAAAGCACUGAACAUAUGUUGACUGAGGCACUGAACCAUUGUCCCACUCCCUGUGGGCCUCCAAAAUCCAAGGCUUUCACAACCACAGAGAGCUGAGCUGGAAAUACCGUCUGACAUUGUAAUAUUGAAUACAUGUUUGGCAUUGUUGGUAUUCCAGUCACUGAAAUUGCAAUUGCAGCCCAGGCAGCUGGAAUAAAAUAUGUGGGAAUGAGAAAUGAACAAGCUGCCUGUUAUGCUGCAUCUGCUGUUGGAUAUUUGACUGGCAGACCAGGGGUAUGUCUUGUAGUGUCCGGUCCAGGAUUUUUACAUGCCCUUGGUGGGAUGGCAAAUGCAACCAUUAACUGCUGGCCUUUGAUUGUUAUCGGAGGUUCUUCUGACAGAAACCAGGAAACCAUGGGAGCUUUCCAAGAAUUCCCACAGGUUGAAGCUGGUAGGCUGUACAACAAACUGUCUGUCCGCCCAAGCAGCCUGGAAGUUAUUCCUGCUGUCAUUGAAAAGGCUGUAAGAACCAGCAUAUAUGGUCGUCCAGGUUCCUGCUAUAUUGACAUACCUGGGGACUUUGUGAAUCUUCAGGUGAAUAAGAGCUCUGUCAAGUAUGUGGAAUGCUGCUUGCCACCUCCCAUCAGCAUGGCUGAACACUCUGCUGUAUCCAAAGCAGCCUCUAUUCUUGCUCUUUCCAAGCAGCCUCUGAUAAUCAUUGGCAAAGGUGCUGCUUAUUCACAUGCUGAAAACAACAUCAGAAAGUUGGUGGACCUUUGUGGACUGCCUUUUUUGCCUACGCCAAUGGCAAAAGGAGUAGUUCCUGAUAACCAUCCAAAUUGUGUAGCUGCAGCAAGAUCCAUGGCAUUACAGCAUGCUGAUGUAAUCAUCUUGUUUGGUGCAAGAUUGAAUUGGAUUUUGCAUUUUGGUCUUCCACCAAGGUUUCGACAGGAUGUAAAGGUUAUUCAGAUUGAUAUUUGUGCAGAAGAGCUGGGGAAUAAUGUAAAGCCAGCUGCAAUUUUAUUAGGUGACAUAAACGCCGUGACUAAGCAGCUCUUAGAAGAAUUCAGCAAAAGAUCAUUCAAAUAUCCUUCUAAUUCAGAGUGGUGGAAGAGGCUAAGAGUGAAAAUAAAGAACAAUGAGGAAAGAUCAAAGGGAUUAGCAUUACAGAAAUCCCUGCCUAUGAAUUAUUAUACAGUCUUUCAUCACAUCAGAGAAAUGAUACCCAAGGACUGCAUUUUAGUAAGUGAGGGAGCAAAUACCAUGGACAUUGGACGGACUAUGCUUCCAAAUUACUAUCCCCGUCAAAGGCUUGAUGCAGGUACUUUUGGAACUAUGGGAGUGGGGCUGGGUUUUGCUAUAGCAGCUGCAAUGGUAGCCAAAGACCGAGCGCCUGGAAAACAAGUCGUCUGCAUAGAAGGAGAUAGUGCUUUCGGAUUUUCUGGGAUGGAGGUGGAGACUAUUUGCAGGUACAAUUUGCCAAUCCUGAUUAUCAUAGUAAACAACAAUGGGAUUUACACUGGUUUGGAUGCAAAUUCCUGGAAGGAGAUGUUAAAGUUGGGCAAUCCUGCUACAUGUGUACCUCCUGUUUCCCUCCUGCCAAAUUCACACUAUGAAGAAAUUAUGUCUGCCUUUGGAGGUAAAGGAUACUUUGUUAAAACACCAGAAGAACUGCGGAAUGCUCUGAAAGCAAGCGUGACUGACAAGCAAACACCUUCUCUUAUAAAUGUAAUGAUUGAUCCGCAAUCUGAGAGAAAGAAACAGGAAUUUCCCUGGCUGACUCGUUCUAACCUGUAGUAGAAGAGAAAGAUGAUGAUGGUGCAAGACAAUAUGUUAAACUAAACUGAAUUGGUUUCUGGAAGUGGAACUGAUACAACUGUAUUUUACAUAGGCAUUGGAACGAAGUGGGAUUUAGAACUGCUAUUAGAGGAAUCUUUAAAUGCUAAAAUGAGCUAAUUGUAUAAUGAGAAAGACACAUAUGAAUGUAUAACAGGCCUUCUGGCAGAUUGUACAGGAACACUGAUAAUAAAAUUACGUAGUUUUUCUUUUA